AUGAGGGCCAACAGCACGCCGGACGCCUUUUUCCUCACUCCGCCGCAUUCGCACGAUCCCAAUGAUGUUUCUCACGUUGCGGCAUUGCCAUCUUCAAUGAUGAUGCAGCUUCCUGAAGCUGUGCAGGACGCACUCUGGAAUUUGCAAGAAUCGACCUCCAUCGUCUAUGCUUCUUACAUGCGGCUGCAAGACCUGGUGCACGAACGAUUCGAUCGCUUAAGACCCCUGCCAGGCCAGUCGGCAACAGGCUCGACGAGCUAUUCGGAGGGCGCUUUCUUCAACUAUGUCAACCACGUAGCCGCUGAGCGUCGUUAUCUACUCGAGGACGCACACCCCGACUGGAAGCACAAGGCUUCUCGCGCGGGGAUACAUCAAUACGGCGAUCUAGUCAUUGACUUCCGGGGCAAGCAAAUGACAGUGGCCGAAUGGUUUUCCCAGCUGAAAGCAGCGGAGGCCUUCUGGAUCCAAGAAGCGGCACAGACUGAGCUGCCCGACUUUGAGUCUACUGUCUUGGAAUACCGGUCUCUAUCAUCAACUCCCACCAGCGAAACAUCGGAUGCUAGUGAGGGUCUGAUUGGAAUGCCGGUGCCCACCGGAAGAAAAGCGGUUGACGCAGAAGGGCUUGGCCUGGAAUUUCGGAUGGCGAAAGCACUGGAGGCUCUUUAG